AUGGGUCUUGUUGCCAUAAACGACGAGAAUUUUCACCGCAUUGCGGCUAUAGGGGUGGAACAAGAGUUCAAGAAAGUGUUUAAUGACAAAUUUUACGAGUUACUCGGUGUUGCAUCAUUGCAGUUGAAGCCUGAUGCCAUCCCAGCUGUGAUGGCAAAUAGAAGAGUGUCUGUUUUGCACCACAAAAGACGAUCGGGUUUUUUAUUGACAACGUUGCCCCGGUGGAUUAAAGAUUCCUCUUCCCUCUCAGCUCCUCUAUGUCUGUCAAUUAUGCUGCCGGGCUAUCUCCCUAUGAAAACAAGGGCAGAUGUGGACUCCCAGAAACAUUCGAUUCAAAUGAGGAAGUUGAGCGAAAGUACCACUGCAGGAAUUCCAGAUUUUAGAGGGCCAAAUGGAGUCUGGACCCUGGAACAGCGUGGGGAAGAACCAAAAGUGGACAUUACAUUUGACAGUGCUAAGCCAACCCUAACUCAUAUGGCUCUUGUAGCCUUAGAGAGACAAGGUUUCCUUCAGUUUCUUAUCAGCCAAAACAUUGACGGAUUGCAUUUAAAGUCUGGAUUUCCUCGGAACCGUCUUGCAGAGCUGCAUGGAAACAUGUUUGUAGAAGAAUGUGAUAAAUGCUGCGUUCAGUAUAUUGGUGAGUUUGCUGUAUCAACAAUGGGAUUGAAAUUCACUGGAGAUAAAUGUACUCACAGCAAACCAAGAGGCAUUUGCAGAGGAAAGCUGAUUGACACCAUUUUAGAUUGGGAAGACAACCUUCCAGAUGAUGAUCUUGAGCAUGCAAACAAAGAAACAAAGAAGUCCGACUUAAGUGUUUGUCUGGGUACUUCUCUUCAAAUUAAUCCAAGUGGACGAAUCCCUGCUCUAACAAAACGUAAUGGGGGUAAGCUGGUCAUUGUCAACCUACAGCCCACCCAGCUUGAGCGACAAUGUGAUCUUCACAUCUAUGCAUAUGUUGACCGAGUGAUGAAAAGGCUGUGUGAACUGCUCCAUGUUAAUAUCCCAGAAUUCACUAGUUUCUCAUUCUGCCUGAAGUCAAUAAAUACACAGCCUUAUGAAAAAAUUCCCAAGAUGUUCUUCAAAGAUCGGAAACCAUAUAUUAAGCCGAAACUUCAGGAAAACAAAGAUGAUAACGGCAAUGAAACUCAGGACUUUGAUGCUAAACCUUGCCUCAGAUCUGAGAAAUCAGAUAAGGACUCUUUGUCAAGAGUUAAAUUAGAAAACCAUCGUGAGAGGCAGUGUUCUUGCCAGGGUGCAGGCUCAGAGCAACCCUCUGGUUCCUACUGUUCCAAAUGUGACGCACCUGUGCCUCGUGUCAGGAAAUAUCCCAAGCGAGCAGCAUCAGAUUUGUCAGGUGGCUAUCGAGCACAGCUUAGCUCUUCAGAUAGUGACAGUGAUGAUGAUAAUUUCAAAAUAGGGAAUUAUUUUAAAAAAAGAUGCCUUUAG